AUGGAGGACGAGUUAUCUAUUUCAGAGGAUUACGACAAUUAUGCUGACCGCCAGCAGACUUUGCUCUGGAAAGCUGUCGAAGCUGGACAAGAGGAUACAGCUCGGUCUCUAUUACGCCACGACUUUAUUCGAAUAAAUGAGACAGACUAUGAAGGCCGCACACUUUUGUUACUAGCCGUGGGUCUCGGACAUACUAAUAUUGUUGAAUGUCUUCUCGACAGACAUGAUAUCGAUGUAAACCUCCAAGAUGGUAAUGGUAACCUUCCACUCAAUGAAGCAGCUGGUAAUGGACACGAGGCUAUUAGUAGCCUGCUUCUUGAGAAGGAUGAUAUUGGCGUCAACCUCAAAGAUGGCGAUAAAAGAACACCUCUUAUUAAAGCUGCUAGUAAUGGGCACGGGGCUAUAGUUAGGCAGCUUCUAGAAAGGAAUGACAUUGAUGUCAACCUUGGAAAUGACGAAGGCGACACACCGCUUGUCGAAGCGGCAUGGAAUGGGCAUGAGACUGUCGUUAGUCUGCUCCUCGGGAAGACCGAUAUCCAACCAAACGCUAGAGGAGAAUCUGGCAUCACGCCGCUUUACACAGCUGCAGCCGAGGGGCACAACAUCGUCGUUGGCCUACUACUUGAAAGGGACGAUAUUGAACUGAACGUCAAAACGAGCUCAGACGAAACGCCGCUCUUUGCAGCAGCAAACAACGGACACGAAUCGGUUACCAAACUGCUGCUCAGCAGGGAUGGCAUCGACUUGAAUGUUAACUGUCAUGGUGACACGCCACUCUCCGCAGCAUUAGAUCGCGGACAUAAGGUUGUCUCUGAACUUCUCCUCUAUCAGGAAGGCAACGAACUCGAACAUAACGGCUCUAUAGACCGCGGCUACUUCCUACUCUCGAAAGCUUUAGAUAGAGGACUUCAGGAUAUAGCUUCCAAAAUUCUGAUCGCAAAAAUCAGUCGCAAUGUGGAGAUUCCCAUUGGUCGCUCGCCAUUAUCCUGGGCUGCAGAGAGAAACAAGACGGACCAGAUAAGGUCAAUACUUAGGAUCGAUACUCUAGACCCGAAUCUGCGCGAUGCUCAAGGGCGAACGCCUCUCUCUAGAGCUGCGGAGUGCGAUAGUAUCUCAGUUGUGAGUUUAUUACUUGAGAGUAGUCGCAUUGACGUCAACAAUGGAGACCUGGAUGGGCGCACGCCUCUGUCUAUCGCUGCUGACACACAAAACUAUGCGGUGGUUUCGAUUCUUGUGACUCGAGACACUGUCACUCUGCAUUCACUAGUUCGAGAAGGGAAUUUAUCAUCUGUUGAAAUCUUACUUGAUAAUCGGUACGAUAUCAACACCAAAAACGGCGUGGGCCAAAGCUCGUUACACGUUGCAGUCGACAAUAAUCGCUUCGAUAUCGCUGUGAGGCUUCUCUCGAGAGGUGCAAAUGUCAAUGCCGAAGACCAUUCUUCCACGACCCCCUUAUGCCUAGCUGUUCAGCAAAAACGUCGAGAUUUUGCCGAGUUGUUGCUUGAUUACUCUGCAAGUACAAAAGGUAUCACGUUUCAUGGUUGGAGAUCACUCUAUGAAGAAUUCAGCCCGCAAUAUACCCUCCGUAUCACAGAAAAAACCUCGGGAAGUCGAAGAGUGGAUUUUUUAAGUAGAAAUAACUUAUUGGCAAACGAGCCAGAGGCGGGCAGACAAUUGUUCCUCUUACCUGAUUAUCAAACGUGGUCAUUCGCAAUACUCAAGUCCCUAGAUACCACGACGAUGAUGUACACAAAGCCACCAGACUUGCAAGAUGCAAUGCAAAUGAAAUGUUAUCAUUGUUAUACUGGUCAAACAGCAGGUGCUUACGCUGUUGCUUAUUUUCCAAUACUACAGCUGGAUCUAUCAAAGGGCAAGAUUACUUGGGAGGGCUGCGGAGUGGGAUGGUCCAUGGGUAAGCUUGGACAAGAUAGCGGAUCCGUACGGUACUUCAGCAUGCUGCAAGAGAGCGGGAUUCCAGAUGAUGGUUACGAAUUGUUCCAGCAACUUCUAGCCGAAUCAACUAGCAAGUGGUUAGAAUUUUGCAUUCAAUUUGAGGAUCAUCUGUCUCACGUUCGGCUGGAUCAACUCAAAUCUCAGGGCAAAAGACCCGAAACUAUAUCUCAUCUGGCUGAGAAUGCUCUACACAUCGCUCAACUUCGCCGCGCUCUUCAAGGUCAGGUCCGCAGUGCAGAAGAGUUUAACACAGACCUGGGUCGGCUGCAUGGCGGCGGCAAGGAACAAAGAGCAUUUGAAUAUAUACAUACAUUUGCGGACAUACGCCAACAGCUGCAGAUCUUAGACGAAACAAUAAGAGAUCUUCUACAAUUUGAAUUUGCUUGGGCUUCAAUCAAUGAGGCUCAUAAGUCUACCAGCCUUGCGAUUAGUAUGAAACGACUCAGCUGGAUUACGUUUAUCUUCCUACCAGCCAUGUUUGCAGCAAGCCUUUUUGGUAUGAACGUGGAUAUACUGGAAAAUAAUCCUGAUUGGCGAUGGGUGGUCGUUUUUUAA